UAGGCCCAAAGUAAGUUCAUGAUAUCAAGUCAUAGGCCUACCUAAAUCUGGACGAAACCCACGGGCAAGCAAACAACCAGAACAACCGACUGCAGCUUCUUCUUCUUUGCACUCCUGCAAAACCAAUCCUCCGAUCCGAUCUGAGAUCCACCACCGUCCAGACGUUCGUUCAAUGGCUCCCGCUGUUCCUAGAUCCGGUGACGCUAUCUUCGCCAACGUUGAGCGUGUGAACGCUGAGUUGUUUACUUUGACCUAUGGAGCGAUAGUGCGACAGUUGCUUACAGAUCUGGAAGAGGUCGAGGAAGUUAAUAAGCAGCUCGAUCAAAUGGGUUACAAUAUUGGAAUCCGGCUAAUUGAUGAGUUUCUUGCGAAAUCUAAUGUGACUAGAUGUGUUGAUUUUAGGGAAACCGCUGAAGUCAUUGCCAAGGUUGGCUUCAAAAUGUUUUUAGGGGUAACUGCAUCCGUGAGUAACUGGGAUACAGAGGGAACUUGUUGCAGUCUCAUUCUGGAGGAUAACCCGCUUGUAGACUUUGUCGAGCUUCCAGACACCUGUCAAGGCUUAUAUUACUGCAACAUUUUAAGUGGAGUUGUCAGGGGAGCUCUAGAGAUGGUGUCGAUGAAGACUGAGGUCACAUGGGUCAGGGAUAUGCUUAGAGGAGAUGAUGCAUUUGAGUUACAGGUGAAGCUUCUUAAACAAGUUCCAGAGGAGUAUCCAUACAAAGACGACGAGUAACGUGUUAUCUUUAAUCUUGAUUAAUGUAUAUACAUUAUGAUUUUUGCAUUUCCUUUUUGGUUUGUAAUAAACUGAUAACAUGUCUUUAGUACUUUGACUUAUGUUUUGUUAUGCUAGAACAUGUUUUGUUUCCUUCAUCUGGGAGCGUUGCUGUAUUGAAGAUUUGGAUAGUAUUAUUAUUGUUAUAAGAUUAUUAUUUAGUUUA